AUGAUGCCGACAAGCAAUCGAAUCCCCACGGCACCUAUGCUGCCAUGGAUUCGCGACAAGAAUGAACUGCCCGGAGCCCUCCCGACGACUGCUGAAAUUGAAGCCACUACCGGAGAAUUCCCCAGCAUCUUCGAUUCAAGUGCCCGACGCACUGUGCUGGUAAACGAACAUUUUGUCGUCAAAUACGGGCGUUUCGUUUUCGAGAAUGAGGGACACGCCCUGCUAUUUUUGGAUCCCGUCCACGGUGUCCCCGCACCUCGACUUUACGCCAUGUAUCGGGAGAAUGAAAAGCUUUACAUUAUCAUGGAGUUCAUACAAGGACACCAACUGAGCGAUACGUGGUCAUCUCUUGUCUUCACCCAUUCGGACUUUCAGCGCAAGAAUAUUCUCAUUUGGGAAAAGCAGCGCCCUCUAAGUGCCGCUGACUCUAGUGAUUCGCGGAGAUAUUUCGAGGUGGUGGCCGUCCUGGACUGGGAGGAUGCGGGCUGGUACCCGAGCUACUGGAACUACUCGUACUGCUUUUCUUUUUUUAACUGGCAUGAUGACUGGGCGGAGAAAGUCGAACACAUCCUUGACCCAUACGUUCAAGAGGAAGGGCCGCGACGCGCCCAUGCCCACGCCUACGCCAGCGCCCCCAACCCAACAAUCCACCCUCGCUUCUACGCACAGUACUACGGACAUAUGCCUGUCGUCACAUCACAUCCAAGGCUCUUCGGCGCUUACUGCAAAUACUGCGAAGUCUCAUCUUCCGGCGCUGCCGCUAUCUCCGCCUGUACUACAUUCCUGGCCCUCCAACACCCGGCUGGAGUCGAAUCUGGCUUCUUCGGCAAGCGCUUAGCGGAGAGGGCCACAAUGCAGCCAAAUGCCAAGGUGGGACCCUAUCAUGUCCUCACCAGCGACCCCGACCCCAUUAAAAGGAUCAACGCCGCGAGGAUGCCCUACCGGCGGAGCAAAGAAGUCGAGCGAGUUGAGUCCAACAUCGACAAGAACACCCUGGCUCUGGUGAGGUCCCUUGAGAUGCGCUACUUCGUUACCAACCGUCCCUUCGACUUUGGUUGGAAGGCACAGUACUUCACCCUGAAUGUCAUUUUAGACCUUGUCGACGGCGAUCCCUUUGGUUCCCUCGACACGGAUGCGGACCUGUAUAGCUACAUCCGGAUUGCCGAAGGGCAAUUCGGGAAGUUCUGA